GGCUCAAGAAUUGUGCUAAUUGCAUCUAAUUGCGCUCUUUUAGAUGCCGGAUAUGCCGGACAGCGGAAUUUCCUUUUGAGUGAUCGCUUUUCCAAUGGUCGUUUUACCGAAGAUCCGAGCAUGGUAUCCCUGUUGUCAACGCACCGCACAAGCUGAACUGGCUCGAUGGCGACCGGUUUGGUCGAGAGAGCAAAAAGCUUUUGCUGGCGCUGCCUCCAGUGUGGCACUUUCCUUUCUCGCUGCUCAAACUUGGAACUGGUCUCUCUGCGACACCCACCAAGCACCUAAAGAUACACGUUUGUCCGAAGCCGAUGAAGCUCUAUUGCUGUGUGCACUAGAUACUGCUUUGGAGAAUUUCCGACAAUGGACCCAGGCUCCAGCAAGCUGGUGGGAUGAAUGCAGAAACGUGCGCAUGCCUGGAUUCGGAGACGCACGGCACUGCAAGAAGAAGCUGGAUGGCUUUCCGCUGAGGCUCAUGAUGGUUUCAGCCCUUUGGGAGAAUGUUUCACUAGACGAGUUGAUUAUGGUUACAGAGAUGACUGAUGAUUGUGUGAAAUUGAAGUUUGUACCUCUAAUGGAGAGUGUUCAAACUCGUUUUAGUUUUCCCGGUGGACGAAUCCUGCGAACCACUGUGAAGCCGUUGCUUCUCGGAUUGGUAUCUUCACGUGAAGUAGAGAGUGUGAUGAAGGAGCCAGAAACGAUGCCUGAUGGCUCUGUUGUAAGCGUUGGAGUUGGGCUGCAGUCCCCUUUGCUUUUGGAGAAAAUCCAACAGAGCGAUGUUUUGAAAGCACUGGCCUCAGAGCCACCCAGCAAGGGCAAGGUCCGUUCGGUGGAUCAUACCAGUGGCUACAGCUUCGAACCACUUGAGGACAAGGAGCCUUUCCAGAAGGGCAAGUGGAGAGUUCACAUCGUCAUUCUGAGCGAAGAUACAGGCGGACUUCCUGCGUGGGCUUUGGAAAUGGGUAUCUUUUAUGGUACUAUUGAUUGGUUUGCUGCGGCGGACAAAUACCUAAAGAGGUUAUCAAAUACUUGAAUGCAAUGGGAAAA